AUGGCCUAUAAACAAGCGUUCACGAAAAGGGUAUAUGACAAGUUACGUGAACAACUUUGGAAGGCGUUAAGACAGAAUAAAGACUGUGACGUCACAAUCAAGGUAGACGCCGAUGUGUUCCAUUGCCACAAGGUCAUCCUGGCAAUGACGUCACCUUAUUUUGAUGCCAAGUUUGCCUCGGGUUUCAAGGGCACCGACGAGAAGGUCAUGGAAGUACAGGGCAUGAGCCCGGACACCUUCAGGAAUGUGUUGGAGCACAUAUACCGUAAUAACGCAGCCUUGAAAGCAUCCAAUGUGCUUGAUGUGUUGCAAGCAAGUUCCAUGUUUCAAAUAGAAUCCCUAAAUAAGCGCUGUGAAAAGUUUCUUAUAGAUAUGUAUAGGAUGAGUCAAUCGUGGGUGAAACAGUGGCGCGCUGCACGGAAGUAUAACCUGGAUAUAUUGCUCGAAAUGACAAAUAGUUUCAUGUUUACAAACUUCAAGACAAUAUCAGAAACGGCUCUGUUUACAAGUCUGACCGCGGUCGAGCUGUGUGAGAUUGUUGCCAGUGAUGAGCUGAGAGUGACUCAUGAGGCAGAUGUUUUGAAGGCUGUUCUCCUGUGGACAAAAUCUCAAGAACGUUUCUCAGAUACAGAUCUAACCCAAUUGCUCUCUCACGUAUCAAUUAACCAGAUUUCUGAUGCUACAUUCAAAUCCACAAUAUUCCCUUUACUCCAAACUCUCGGAGAGAAGGCACGCGAUAUUGUGGAAGAUGUAAAGAAAGAACAGCAUGUGUUGAGAAAACUGGUUGUGAGACACAACGACAAGCCUCGGAAUAUCCUAUUUGGAUAUUUGGAAAUCCAUGGCAAAAAAGCACUAAAGAUAUACUCUUUGGAGGAUCACAAGACGUACGAUGUCCCAGCACUUCCAGGUAUACACAAUGUCGCUGGAAUACCAAGAGCCUUCGCGUUCAAAGGUGAUCUGAUGUUCACCAGCCUUAGCAGUGUCUAUAGGCUCAAUGAACAGACAUGGUUGUGGGAUAAUAUGAGCCUACCGCCAAUCCACGUCAUCCAGAUACUGAGUGUGCAGCAUAAGCUGUAUGUGUUUGGUGUAGGUGAUGGUGUGCAGCUACUAAGGUAUAAAGGAGAUGAGGAGGUUGCGUGGGAACUGGUUGGUGCCAUUGAAGGAGAAAUGGCAAACUGUUCGGCAGCUGCUGUGGGGGACACGAUCUAUUUAGUUGGAGAAGAUCUCACCGCUCACUCCCCAUCACAGAAUCAGAAUUCGGAGUGA